AUGAAACUGCAAGAGGCGUUAUCUGUCUUCCUCCUUCCCUUUGUUCUUGCCCAAGAUGGUGCACAAGUUCCUAUUACUGCCCUUCCGUUAGGCCCAUUGCAUUCCGUGCCUCUGACAUCUGUGUAUGCAAUUUCGGAUACUCAGCAUACAUCGCUUUCUGCGUCGAGCACUACAACUCCACCAGCAACCCAAACAGUUACUGUCCCGCCCAAUACACCCUCCAUAUUUACACUGAUCCCGGUCCCUUCGGACAGUCCAGUUCUGCCAUCAUACCCAGAAACAGAUCCUCUUGACCCACUACCAGUUGGUAGUCUUGCCAUUCCCGAUUUUGGCCCUGCAUGGUCGGCAGCAUGGGCGAAAGCAAAACCAAAGGAGAAGGUCAGCGUUGUCACCGGGGUUGGAUGGCAAGGUGGAGUCUGUAUCGGCAGCAUUGCUCCAAUAGAACCCAUUGACGGCCGCGGAUGGCCAGGCCUUUGUCUUGAGGACUCCCCACUUGGCGUACGCCUUGCGGACUAUGUCACUGCCUUCCCGGCAGGAAUAAAUGCUGCUGCAUCAUUCAACCGCCACCUCAUGCGCCGUCGUGGCCUUUAUAUUGGCCGCGAACACGUAGGGAAAGGUGUGAACAUCGCGCUCGGGCCCAUGAUGAACAUGGUCAGGGUACCUCAAGCUGGUCGAAACUGGGAAAGCUUUGGAGCCGAUCCGUUUCUUGCUGGUGAAGCAGCGUACGAGACAAUUCUGGGUAUGCAAGAGGGCGGCGUCAUCGCGUGUGCGAAACACUAUGUUGGCAAUGAGCAAGAAAACAAGCGUCUGAUGUCUAGCUCCAACAUUGAUGAUCGAACUCUGCACGAGAUUUAUACCCACCCGUUCUUGAAGAGUGUCAUGGCCGGCGUUGGAAGUGUCAUGUGUAGCUAUAAUGGUCUCAAUGGAACUUUCGCUUGCGAAAACGACAAAGUCUUGAAUGACAUCCUGAAAAGAGAGUAUGGGUUCCAAAGCUUUAUUACAUCUGAUUGGAUGGCUCAGCAUGCGUCAAUGGCCGCCAACGCUGGACUGGACAUGACGAUGCCCGGUGAUAUCACUUUUGGCUCAGGAACUUCGUAUUGGGGUGCCAAUCUCACGGCCUUCGUCAGCAACGGCACGAUCUCUGAAAGCUGA